AUGGUGGUGCUGGCCAACAACGCCAGACUUACUACCAUGCUGUGCCAGGCAAAAGCCGAUGUUGCCCGUGUGUCCGAGUCUCCGAGUGCCAUUUCUUUGGCACAUGGGAGGCGGAUGGUGGCCUCACUCGAGGCCAUGGCCCGUUUUCCUGAGUGCUAUCGCGCCGACGAUUUGACUCCAGACCUCGUCCGGCUGCUGGUGAAGGGAACGGACAUCAAUUGGGCGGAUGUGCAUGGCCGAACGGCGCUGCACCAGCAUGCUGCUGCUCAACGCCUGGAAGCUGCGAGCCUAUUGGUUCAGCACAAGGCCAGGAUUGACGUCAGAGACUCUGGAGGCAAGGCACCCAUGGACUUGGUUCCUGAAAUGGCUGAGGAAGGAGCACAGUGGCAGUCUCUUCUCAGCUUUGUGACGCUCGCGGUGGGUUUCAGCGGAGAUGAGAUGGCACUUCCCAUCUCUGAAGUGAAUGUUCAGCAAGACUUUGUCCAUUGCGUGAGGCAGAAACUGCGGGAAUACUACCAACUUCGAGGACAGAACAUCUUGCAGAUUGGCUCAUGGGAAGCUUUGGGCAAGCCAAAGCGUGUGACAAUCGCCCGUGGAAACUUUGCUGUGCAAAGCCCAGACACAGAGGAGCAGACGAAGGAGUUCUUGAAGCUGGCAGGGCAGGUGGGCACCGAUGCUGAUCAAUUGAUUCGAGGUCACUUGCUGAACUUUCAAGAUCCAAAUGUUACCGAUGAGCGAGGCGAGACCGCAGCCUUCAAGGCCUCUAGAAACUCUGACCUACCAAAGCUGGAGAUCUUGGAAUUGGGAUGUGCCGACUUCAACCAGGACAUCGAUGGUGCCACUCCACUCUUCGUUGUUGCGCAGCAUGGUUGGCUUCCUGGAGCCAAGUUCCUGGUGUUGUACAAGGCUGAAGUGGACAAGUCGUUCAAGACCAAUGCAACGCCAGCCUACGUUGCUGCCCAAAACGGGCAUUUGGACGUCGUUGGCUUCCUGGUGGAAUCGAAUGCCAAACUGGACGCUCGAACAGCGGACGGAGCCACCCCCCCUGUUCAUAGCCUCCCAAAUGGGAACGACCAUAGUGACAUCGUGGAGCUACUUCUGUCCUGGCAUGCAAACCUUGAACAAAGGACUGCAGGAGGUGCCUCGCCUGUCUACAUUGCUGCUCAAAAGGGGUGCGAUGACUCGCUUACAUUGCUCCUCAAAGCGGAAGCCAAUCCCAACGUAGCAGCCAAUGACGGAGCGACACCACUCCUGAUCGCGUCGCAGAAUGGACACCAGAGCUCCGCCGGCAUCCUUUUGUCCUCUAGAGCUCUCGUCAACAAACCGAUGUCCACUUUUGCAACUCCUCUUUUCGUCUCGGCUCAAAAUGGUCAUUUGGGCGUGGCCAAGGUGUUGGUUGAAUGGGCAGCCGAUGUGCAGCUCUCUUUACAGAAUGGGACGAGCCCUGCCUACGUCGCGGCCCAAAAUGGACACAAAGCCAUGAUCAAGUUUUUGUGUGAGAAGAAAGCCGACAUUGAAGCAACGGGUGCUGGUGGCGCAACGGCUUUCUUCAUUGCUGCGCAAAAUGGCCGCCUAGGAGUCUUGCAGUUUCUCCUAGAGAUUAUCAAGCUGAGGCCUGCAGCUCUUUUGGGGCAGCUGGACGUGAAGACCAAUGAUAAAUCUACGCCCCUGCUCGUGUCAUCCCAGAAUGGCCACAUGGAUGUGGUGCUGUUCUUGACGCAGGAAUUCCAAGUGCUUCCUGUGGCCGACAUGGCGCAGGUCAUCAACCACCAGAAAGAAGGCGGUGCUUCAGCUUUGUAUUUGGCAUCGCAAAAUGGCCAUGCCAGUGUGGUGAUCCAUCUCUUGACACUCCGUGCCAGAGUGGAUCAGGGCUUGACGGGGACAUUGGAGACUCCCUUGUUCAUUGCUUGCCAAGGCGGCCAUGAAGCGAUUGUGACUGAGCUCCUCCAAAACGAUUCUGAUGCUAACCAGCUCAAGCACGACCAGACAAGUCCCUUGUACAUUGCGUGCCAAAACGGUCACUCCCGCUUGGUACCUCAUUUGCUUGAACAAGGCGCUUCUGUCAACCAUCAGAACCAGAAUGGAGCUACGCCCUUGUUCAUCGCCUGCCAGAAGGGGCACAAUGGCAUUGUGAGGAAGUUACUGGAGAAGCGUGCAGAUCCCGAGCUAGCCCUUGCAAGUCAUGCGACCCCGCUCUACAUCGCAUCAUCUAAAGGGCAUUUGGGCAUCGUGAGGGAGCUCCUGGCGAUCCGUGCAAACGCCAAUACAACGCCCCGACACGAGACGACUCCGCUUUCAGUUUCAGUGCAGAACAAGCAUGCUGAGGUGGCUACAUGUCUACUUGGAGCGACAGUGAACAUCAACAAGGGUGAGAUUAAAGGAGGCCUGACAGCUCUUCAUUUUGCCAUCAUCGGUCAGGAGUGGGAGAUCGCCUCCGCUUUGAUCGCCCAUGGUGCCAAUCCCGAGCAGAAGGAUAAGCACGGCCGUGACAGCUGGAAGCUUGCAGAAGGAGUGCCUGAAGGACUUCUGAAGCUUCGCGGCAUCCAAAUGACCCGCGGAUGA